CAGCAACGCACGACGCCCCACCCUGCAAAAAUCUGGUGCGUGGCCGAGUCCCCACCGUGGCUUUUAUCAUUGAUCUUGUCUUCCACACAAGCACUGCGCCAAGAGGGCCUAAUUUCAAACCCCAAACGCUUCGUCGCUUCAAGCUCGCUAGUCCUCUCAUAGACCAUGGCUUGACUCGGACGGCGUCGACGCUGACGCGUACCAGCGUCUAGCGCUCGAAAGUGGGACAGGAACGUGACUGCCUGCGAUCGUUUCUUUUGAUUUAUGUUUUGUUGUCUCUGUUUCCUCCCAGCUGAUCUACUACGAUCUUCUGGAUCUUCACCUGGAGUUCUCCGCACCAGCCUCCAACCAUGCAUCUACUGAGAUCAACCACAAGCAUACACAGAGCCCUCGUGCUCCUAUCACUAUGUCUCUCCACCGCCGUCAAGGCAAUAGACAUCGACAUCACAGAUGUUGAGUCGAUAAAAUCCGCCGCCAGCAAGACCGCCUACGGGUCGAUGACAUGGUACUCCGGUAACGAAACCGGCCAGAUUCCCGGCGCAUUCCCGGAUAAGUGGUGGGAGGGCGCGGCGCUGUUUACCAGUCUACUGCUGUACUGGCACUACACGGGCGAUGACACGUAUAACCCGCAGGUGCGCCAGGGGAUGCAGUGGCAGGCGGGGAAUGGCGAUUAUAUGCCGUCAAAUUAUAGCAGCUGGAUUGGAAACGACGACCAAGUCUUCUGGGGCCUCGCAGCCAUGACGGCCGCCGAAAUCAAACUGCCCGACGUAAGCGGCGGAUAUUCAUGGCUCGCCCUCGCGCAGGGCGUCUUCAACACGCAGGUCGAGCGAUGGGACACGGAGAACUGUGGCGGGGGCCUUCGGUGGCAGAUCUACAACUAUGAAGCCGGAUACACGAUGAAGAAUACCAUUUCGAACGCAGGACUGUUUCAACUUGCUGCGCGGUUGGCGCGGUAUACGGAUAACUCGACGUACGCUGAGUGGGCGAACACGGUGUGGGACUGGUGCGUGUCCUCGCCGUUGCUGAACAAUGAGACGUGGAAUGUGGCGGACUCGACGAACAUCGAGGAUGGGUGCUCGACGCAGGGGAAUACGCAGUGGACGUAUAAUUAUGGGGCGUUUCUGGCGGGGGCUGCCUAUAUGUAUAACUACACCGAAAAAGCAACCUGGAAAACGGCCGUGGAUGGCCUCCUCGGCGCCCUAAUCGACGGCUUCUUCCCCACAAAAUACGGCGGCAACAUCAUGCAAGAAAUCUGCGAACCAAAUGAAGCCUGUAACAACAACGAGAUCCUCUUCCGCGGACUCGUCUCUGGCUGGCUCGGCUUCACAGCCCUCCUCGUGCCCAGCACGUACGACACCAUCCUCACAAAACUCCAAGGCUCCGCAGAGGCCGCGGCCAAAUCAUGCAGCGGGAUGAGCAACAAUACCUGCGGUGUGCGGUGGUACGAGUCCAAGUGGGAUGGGUGGGUUGGUAUGGAGGAGCAGAUCAUUGCAACGGAUGUGUUGAGCUCUGUGCUUAUUAUGCAGGACAAUGUCUCGGCGCCUGUUACCUCGACGACGGGCGGGAAUAGUUCAAGUGAUCCGUCUGCGGGGACGGCGGAUAAGAGUGAGGGGGCCGGGGAGUUGCCGACGAUUACCACUGGGGAUCGGGCUGGGGCGAUUGUUUUGACCAUUGCUGUUGCUGGAGGGUGGCUUGCGCUGAUGGGGUGGAUGGUGGCUGGGGGUGGGAUAUAGAUUGCUUCUCAUUAUAGGACACAGGAGUUGGGGAUUGUAAUGGAUGUUUGUAUUUUUUGUUCACCUCGGGUUCAGGGACCUUUGAUAAACGCCACUAGCAUUCCGUUCAAAAGGUUGUGCGGCAGAGAGUAUGCAGCAUUGACGUAUUCCCGCGGAUUGACUGAUAGCAUUCCAACUAAGAAGAGAACAACAAAAUACCUUCACAUGGAUACUGUCAAAAUCAAACACCUCCGUCAGAUCCACGCUUCCUAAUGUGAACAUAUAAGGGCAGAGGCUUGUUAAACCAAUGAUUCAUCGUUCGAAAUCCCUUCUCAGGGCUGGCCAUCUCUAGGUCAUACGACCGGAGAAGCUCUGGAACCAGCUUAUG